GAGAUCCACAUAGCCUGGAGGCUCUGUGUGCAGGAGACGCUGCUGGAGCAGGCGCCAUGUUGCUGCUCUCCCUGGCCCUCACCCUGAUCUCAGCGCCAGCCUCUGACACGUGCGACACAAAGGAUGUUUGCAUUGGAAGCCCUGGCAUCCCCGGAACUCCCGGAUCCCAUGGCCUGCCCGGCAGAGAUGGGAGAGAUGGUGUCAAAGGAGACCCUGGGCCCCCAGGCCCCAUGGGCCCCCCGGGAGGAAUGCCCGGUCUCCCUGGGCGUGACGGACUGAUUGGAGCCCCAGGUGUUCCUGGGGAGCGUGGAGACAAGGGCGAGCCUGGGGAGAGGGGUCCUCCAGGGCUUCCAGCUUACCUAGACGAGGAGCUCCAAGCCACACUCCACGAACUCAGACACCAUGCCCUGCAGUCAAUAGGAGUCCUCAGCUUGCAGGGGUCCAUGAAGGCAGUGGGAGAGAAGAUCUUCUCCACCAAUGGGCAGUCGGUCAAUUUUGAUGCCAUCAGAGAGGUAUGCGCCAGAGCAGGUGGCCGCAUUGCCGUCCCGAGGAGUCUAGAGGAGAACGAGGCCAUUGCAAGCAUCGUGAAGGAGCGUAACACCUACGCCUACCUGGGCCUGGCCGAGGGCCCCACCGCUGGAGACUUCUACUACCUGGAUGGGGACCCUGUGAACUACACCAAUUGGUACCCAGGGGAGCCCAGAGGUCAAGGCAGAGAGAAAUGUGUGGAGAUGUACACAGAUGGGAAGUGGAAUGACAAGAACUGCCUGCAGUACCGGCUGGUCAUCUGUGAGUUCUGAGCUAGCACUUGGGCCACAAAAUAGACAGGAUCCUGCCUUGCUUUUCCACCUCCCUCCCGAGGGGCCCUUGGUCUACAAGAUGCUGUAACUCCUUAUAAACGAAGUCUAUUUGUGGCUCUUAGACUUGGAAGCAUCCUUAGCCACUUGGAGCCCUGGAUGAGUUCUGGCUGCUCCCCCAUAAUCACCAAUCAGCCUUGACACUCCCUUGAGCCCAGUCUUAGCACUGAACUCGAGGCAGUCACUAACCUUGGCCUUGGCUUGAGACAGAGUCCUCACCUUGUCCAGUUCCUUCGCCUACACAAGGCAGCAGUGAGGUCCCAGAUGGAGGACCCCGUAAAGCCACACAGAGACUGCCUGCCUCCAUCCCCUCUACUCCUCCUCGGUGGCACACCCUCUGCCCAGGCUCUUCCCCAGCAAAGUGGUGGCCAGCUCACCCCUAGUGAUUGGCAGGUGCGAUCCAGUCCCCUGAGUCUUUGGAUUGGAUUUUGUAUUGGAUCUCGCUCACUGGACCUAAAAGCAGCCAGCCAAGGCCUCUGGGGCAAGAUCAUGUCCGCCCACCUUCAUAUAACCUGGGUGACUUCCUGCUUACGAGCAUGUCCCCUGCCCCUCUUCAGACCUCGGUGAGGUGGUCACGGCCCUCACCACGCCACUGGCUCUGCUUUCUCUAUUCAUAAAUUCAUUCAGCCCGAUGUUUCACUAAAAUAUCAUAAUGAGUGUCAGGCCGAGUCUUGGGUGGAUAAGGCACCUGGAGGUAGUUGUUUGCCCUGAACCUGUUUGUUCAUCUAUCACACGGGGAUAAAAUACUCAUUGAUCUUGUAGUGAUCACCGUCCCCCUCACUGCCAUAAAUACUGCUACCGAAAGAGGCCGUUCACUGCACUCACUAGGUACCGACCACCUUCACAGGCAUCGUAUCAAAUAUUACGAAAUCUUAUCACAAUGCCACAGGCCAGUGCUAUUUUCCCCAUUUAAAAAAUCUGAUGAUGCCGGAGCUUCAAGGAGUUCAAGUUCUGAAUGUUGUUAUGGAGAGCAGGUGGCAGAGCAUCAGUUCAAGUCUCCCUACCCCGACCUGGAGCUCACGCUCCUAACCGCCCCAUCCUCGGGCUGGACAGAGAUGACUCAAGCGUAAUAAAUCGUGAAUGUGUUCCAAGAAGCACCACGUGCCUGUAUUUCUAUAGCUCAGACUCAUGACGGCUCCGAGCCGCUGCUAGCCUGAAGAAUGGGGAAAGUCGACCUCAGUGUGUGCUCGCUUUGUCCAGAGGGAAGGGUGUCCCGUUCUCCUCCCUCGGGUGCAUGGAGCGAUGGGAGCUACACAGACACUUGGGAGAAUAUCUGGCCACCAGUGUUGCUGGCUGGCGCCCAGGUAAUUCCUGGGCUGGGUGCUCAUGGUGCAUUCGUGGGGGUGAUGUUAUGGCUUGCACUCCCACUCAGCCACCCGGGUGUGUUCUACUGCUCAGCAAUGGGACAUGCCCCUCGGGGUUCAGUCCCAGGUCCCUGUCAGGCCCCCAGUCCCAGGUCUGCUUCAGAGGGGGCCAGGCCGUGUACAGUAGGGAUGUGUGGGGAUGUGCCUGUGUGCCUCUUUGCUUAGGACGCAACCCCCAGGGGGCCCCACUCCUCCUGCCCUCACGCCUUCAAGUGCUCUCCUCACCACUUUCACUUCUUUUCUUGGGCUAAAGGAAGCUCUGGCUCAAAACCCAGAAACCCACACAGGAAUGACAAGAAGUGCUUCUCAGUCUUUCAUGCGUGCUAGUUCAUCUGAUUUCUCUGCCGCGAGUGCCUGGGACCCGGCACACAAAUGAUUAAUUCUUCCCCUAAAUUAAACUAAAGCAAGAGGGGCCAGCGCUGUGUCGUAGCAGGUAAAGCCGCCACCUGCAAUGCUAUGCCUCCCAUUUGGACACCGGUUCGAGACCCGACUGCUCCAUUUCUGAUCCAGCUCCCUGCUAAUGUGCCUGGGAAAGCAGAGAAUGAUGACCGAAGUGCUUGGGCCCCUGAACUCUCAUGGGAGACCUGGGAAAAAGGUCCUGGCCCCUGGCUUUGGCCUGACCCGAGCCCAGCUAUUGCGGCCAUCUGGGGAGUGAAGCAGCAGAUAGAAGACCUUUGUCUCUCCCUCUCUCUGUAACUCUACCUCUCAAAUAAAUAAACAGAUAAACACAUCUUUAAAGAAU